GGUGUUUGCAGGAAGUGCUGCGGCUGCCACUUCUCGUCUGAUACGCGAUCCAUAUGCUUGCAAGAGCAAGGCUUAAAGAAGCAAUGGGAACUUCAUCAAACGUGCUGCUAAAAGUCUAAAAUCCACCAGCAACUAAACGCGUUUUAACGAACCUGAACAAUUCCUCCGCCUUUACCGAGAGCAUAAGCUUGUCAACUCCGAACAAGGGGAACGAUGGACCCGAGAGACACAGCCCCGGAUUCGUGGGAGCUGGAGGAGGAUGCCGAGGCCCCGGCUGCCGCGGCGGGACUCCCAACCGCUUUCGCUGCCCUAAACGUCAACGCCAAACCGUUUGUCCCGAACAUUAAUGCCCCGGUGUUUGUGCCGAGCUUUCUCAGACCAGCACCGUGGACAUGCCGGCCUCUGACGGUUCCCCUGAGCCGGUGUCCAGCAUGGAGGUGGCAGAAACAGUCGGUAUGCAUUCAGAUGUACUUCACACACUGCAUGUACAGGUUUAUAAUACUGACAGUAACGAUCUGUGGCUGUUAGGCAGCUCCGGUGGAGAAUGGAGGCACAGAAGCAGACAUGACCACAGAGGAAGAGACGUGGGAGCAGAAGGAGGAGCCGGGCGGAGGCGGAGGAGGUGGGGGCCAUGAGGAGCACGGAGCCAGAGGAGCUUGUGAGGAGAGCGGUGGGGUAAAGGAGGAUGAGGAG